AUGUCAUCUCCCGCUUCCGACGACCUUGUGGAUGGCGAGCCCCCCGCGAUUGACCCCUACGGGAUUCUUGGACUCGAGCGUGAAGCCACGGCUGACCAGGUCAAGUCGGCGUACCGCAAGGCGGCACUCAAGAACCAUCCCGACAAAGUCUCCGAUGACCAAAGAGACGAGGCAAAGGAAAGAUUCCAAUCCAUCGCCUUCGCAUACGCCAUCCUUUCAGACCCUGCCCGACGCAAGCGCUAUGACACAACCGGCUCGACUUCCGAGUCCAUCAUCGACUCCGAGGGCUUCAACUGGUCCGACUACUACCGCGAGCAGUUCCGCGAUGCCAUCUCCGCCGACGCCAUCGAGAAGUUUGCCAAGAAGUACAAGGGUUCAGACGAGGAGAAGGAUGAUAUUCUGAUUGCCUACGAGAACGCCAAGGGCGAUAUGGACAAGAUCUACGAGUCGGUAAUGCUGAGUGAUGUUUUGGAGGACGACGAGCGUUUCCGCAAGAUCAUCGACGAGGCCAUCGCCAGUGAAGACGUCCAGGGAUACAAGAGGUACACCAAGGAGAGCAAGCUGUCCAAGGCUGCACGCGUCAAAGCCGCGAAGGGCGAGGCGGAGGAGGCAGAGGAGUAUGCCAAAGAGCUGGGCGUUCACGACAAGCUUUUCGGUGAUAAGAAAGGAAAGGGGAAGAAGAAGGCCAAGGACGGUGGCGAGGACGAUCUGGCAGCCCUGAUCAAGAGCAACCAGCAGAAGCGCGCGGGCUUCCUGGACGACCUGGCUGCCAAGUACGGAGCUACGAGUCAGCCGAAGAAGGGCAAGAAGAGGGCGGUCAUGGAGGAGGAGCCUUCGGAAGAAGCCUUCCAGGCCGCCGCCGCCCGGUUGAAGAAGCCAAAGGCGGAGGAGAGCAAACCCGCAAGGGCUGGUAGAAGAUCGAAGCGGUAA